AUGCGUUUCUCCUUCGUCUUCGCUGUUGUUGCUGCUCUGACAGCGUCAGUAUCUGCCAAAGAGGCUGCCGGUGAAAGUUGUCCCAGCCUUUGCAAUGAAUUAAGUUGCUGCGCUGGGCAGAGAUGCGUGCCGACAUUCGUCGAUGAAAUUAAUACGGUCGUCGAUUAUUGUGAUCUUGCUAUCAGCUUGAACAUAGAAGCCCGCAACGGCACCACCCUUCAGUUUACUUCUCGAACCACGCUCUCGUCAAAACCGGUUAAAUGGUACACUCACCCUACCCUCAUAGAUUCGAAUCCACCACCAGUGAGAAAGAUGUUCCCAUGGAUCCUUCCCGAUUUGGGAUGUCAGCUCAAACUCCUCUUGCUUUCCAAGGAAAAAAUUGUUACGCUGAAGCUGGAGCUGGGGGAGCGUUGGAAUUGCACCGCGGCGACUGCUACGAUCGUAAGCAAAUCUUCUACACUCGACGCCACUCUACUCGUUUACGGUGUACACUACCUAGAAGGGUAUGAGUUCUACAAAUGGUGAGCGCUUAGCACAAUCAAAUACCUCACCCACACAAACAGAGGUAUCUUGGCCCUGCAUGAUCUACAUUUUUAGCGUCAUCCCUGAUGCUAACGAGGACACUUCCCAUCAAGACCUUGAGCAUUCUUCUCGAUGUUGGCUGCGGUUGAGACACCCUCACUGCCUAGGCUACGAUGUUACAUGUAUUACCGCGUUCGAGUGCCAGACCGAGCUCCGCAACGAGUGUAUCUAGAACAUCGCUGUCACUUCUAACAAGGCAAGUAUCUUCAUCUGCCCGUUUGUUUCUUCAUAGUUCUUCCAUCUUUCAACCAUCAUCCUGACUGUCUUUCGAUUUUAUUCGCUGCACUUCAUGCUUUUCGGUCAAUCUGCCUAUCAAUCACAGUAUUCGCAAAUUU